GGACAUUCCUGUGAGUCAUACUACCACUACCCUGUACAAAAAUAAAUUAGUAGACUAUUAGAGUGCUACACACAUUUCAAACAUAUCCUCUGAGUUUCCUAGCGUGUUACUUGCGGAGUUUUCCUAUUAUGCAAGCGGACCGCUGGUUGCUAUAGACGCCACGGUUGUCAGCGGUCUGAUUGGUCGGCUACACGUGAUCGGACAUGGUGGGGCUACAUUUUGGCGGGCGCCGAUAGCACGGACAGGGAGCAUGGUUAGGGUUACAAUCUGCAUCUGAAAGGAGAAAUAUCUACCUCCAAUAAUUUCAAAACUCUGAGCAUUGCAUUAGGACGCUGGAAGUGGAGGAGGAAAUGACUGCAGUACAACGACACAAACAGCUAAUUAACCAUGCAAUGUCGACCAUUGACUCGGUGGCACAUCUCAACAGCGUUGAGUCAUCAUCAGUCACUUGUAACACCUUAUCUGGUAUAGUCCAGAACCACACACACAUCCGGCUGAUUGACAGAAUUCAUCGCCGACAGGCAUCUGGGAACAAAUUCUUUUCCUUUGAGUUCUUCCCACCAAAGACAGCUAGCGGCACCCUCAAUUUGUUUUCAAGAUUUGAGGCAAUGAAUCUCGGCAGGCCACUGUUUUGUAGCAUGACCUGGCACCCAGCUAAUGACCCAAGCAACACAGACAAACCUACCAGCUCAACACGCGUUGCCAGUACAAUGCAGAACGACCUCGGCAUUGAAACACUGCUCCACAUGACUUGUGUUAAUCAGACACGUUCACAGGUGGUUGAGAAUCUUCGAAAGGCAAAGGAUCUGGGCAUUCGCAAUAUAUUCGCUGUGAGAGGAGACGUGUCGGAGGGAGCGGAGGGGCAUCAUGUUGGCGGUCAUCUGAACUACGCUGCAGACCUAGUGCGGAUUAUCAAAGAAGAAUUCGGUGACCAUUUUGUUGUCGGUGUUGCAGGAUAUCCAUCAGGUCAUCCAGAGUGCACUUCAUAUGCUAACGAUCUUCAUCGUCUGAAGGAGAAGGUAGAUGCAGGAGCAGACUUCAUCAUCUCUCAGAUUUUUUUCGAGGCGGAGGCCUUUCUUAAAUUUGUCAGAGAUUGUAAAGCUAUUGGUAUAGACUGUCCUAUACUUCCUGGCAUACUCCCUAUACAAGCGUACCAGUUUCGCCACAUUGUGAAACUCGCAGGACUUGAAGUCCCACAAGAAAUUAUCGAUGCCAUGAAUCUAAUCAAAACGAACGACGAAGCCAUGAAAAACUUUGCCAUUGAUCAUACCGUGGAGCUAUGCAAAACACUUUUACUGGAUGGUGAAUCUGUUCCAGGAAUCCAUUUCUUCACAUUAAAUCGUGAAGUACCCACCAUUGACAUUGUCAAGAAACUGGGUCUGUGGAAAGAGGAUAUAUUUAGACCCUUGGCUUUGAAAAUAGCUUCUAAUGAUGAAAGAUGUAAAGAGAUAAUAUGAAUGAACAAAGCAUAUGUCUCCUAAAGGGGCAUUAUUAUUUCUGGUAUUUAUCUUUUCUUUAUGUGGCUUCAGAGAGAUAUUUUGAGGCAAGCUGUCUUCAGUUUAUAUGUGUCCGUUACUUAAGCAUUGUAAGACAUUUCGUUUGUGGAUCAAAGUGCUCAUGAUUUUUUUUAUUACUGACUUAAAAUUUCCCUUGUAUCAUCGUUGAGCAACGCACAGUUGGUUUUGUUUCUUUAAUCCCAUUGUUCAUAUCAAACUUCAGGUCAAUCCGCUCUUCUGACAACAUCUUUUGUUCUCAUUUAAUGUCACCAGUUCUGGAAUCGCGUCUGCUAGUGGGUUUGGGGGAGGGGACACAGUGGUUUAUUGUAUCUGUUAUAAGAAAUCACUGUCAACAUCUCAGCCGUGACUUCCACUACAUGACCACAUGACCAAGAGUCCCGCUAGGACUGGUCCGUCAGUGGACGGAAAACCAAGGGUGCGCAUGCCGGAAAGUUACAUUCGGAUAGUGUUGAGAGAAAAAAAAAGCACUAGAUUCAUUAAAGGAUUUGUAAGCCU